AUGGACCCGCAGACGACGCUGCCCCGGGCGCCCCUGCUCCUCCUGUGCUUGCACCUGUCGCUGCUAGGCUGCCAUUCCCACCCGCUAGGUGGCCCCGGCCCGGCCUCGGAACUGCGCGGGAUACAGGAGCUGCUGGGCCGUCUACGAGGCAGGGUCUUGGAGCUGCAGGCCGAGCAGAAGGGCCUGGAGCCCCUCCAGCAGGGCCACGGCCUCGCAGAAGCCUGGGAGACCCGGGCGGCCGCCCCCGCGGGGCUCCUCGGGCCCGGCAGCAGCGUCCACCAGGCCCUGCGGGGAAUACGCAGCCCCAGGAUGAUGCGCGACUCCGGCUGCUUUGGGCGGAGGCUGGACCGGAUCGGCUCCCUCAGCGGCCUGGGCUGCAAUGACUGUUUGAAGGUGCUGGGUUCCACGACGCUCUCUGGAGAUGUGCAGCAUGACCAACCAACCGACCAACCAACCACUAAGCUGUUUUUGCAAAGCUGUGACCAGCUUGCCAACUUCGCCACGGGAGCUUUCCUGGCGAGGUGUGAGGCAUUACAAGCUUCAAACCCAGAGUCGGAGAAGGAGCGAGCUUCUGUAAAUGAAAAUGCUGGCAUCCUCUUAGCGCCAGUCUCCCCCAACACCUUGGGGGGAGCCGUGCGGUGA